CUUCUCGCACGCUGAGAGACAAGUACGGUAGCUCUUUCUUUAUCUUUAUUUCAACUGGAAAGCGUGUUUUUUCAGAGGACAAUAUUCAGCCGAAAUGGAGAUCUUGGAUUACUGUUGUUAUUGUUUUUAUCACUGACUGAUUGACUUAUCGGCACAAAACUUUUUUGUUGGUUAUCGUGCGAGGAGCUGCCACGAUGGCGGCUUUAAAGCCCAAGUUGAAAGUGCUGAAAAAGCGUCGCUCCAGUCUUUUUGCAACCAUAAAGCGGGAGAUUAGCUUCACGCAAAGCACUGAAGAACAGGAGCUUGAUUUCCCCUUUUCUCAGGACAGCUCUGUGAAAGCAUGGACAUCUAUGGACAACCUUGAUGCAACUGCUGAGAAAAAGAACGCAAGGAAAGAUCAGAAAAAAUAUCCGUCAAACCCAAGGAAAUCAAACGUUGUCAACCUCAAUGUAGGCGGAAAGGUGUUUCACAUCCCGAUUAAACUGGUCCUCAAACACCCAAAAACAAGGAUUGGAGUCCUUGCCCUCUGUAAUGAUCCGGUCAAGCGUCUGACGCUCUGUGACGAUUACAACGUUCAGACCGACGAGUUCUUUUUUGACAGAGACCCCAGGUUUUUCCACUACAUCUUCCAUUUUUAUUGCAGUAGUGUCCUGUGGGUGAUGGACAGUCUCUGCCCAAUCAACUUUGAGCAGGAGAUGUCGUUCUGGGGGUUGAAACUGAAGGACACUCCAAGGUGCUGCCGCAUUCUGUUCGAGGAGAAAGUGGACGACAUCAGAGACCAACUGAAGGUGAACCAGGAGUUGAUCGAUGAGAUCAAGCCCGACCAGGAUGGCGAGGCACACAAGAAAAUGUUUCUCGGAGGCUUACGGAAGAUCCUCUGGGACUUGAUGGAGAAUCCUUACUCCUCACUGUCAGCCAAAGCCUUUGCCGUGUUUUCCAGUCUCUUUGUGCUCAUUUCUAUCGUUGCCAUGACAAUGAAUACAGUGAACGAACUCAGGCAGUACAAACUUGGUGGCAAAACCUACAUGGAGUGGAUAGAGGUGGCCUCCAUCCUUUUCUUCACCUUGGAGUACUUUUUGCGGUUACUCACCACAUCCAACAUCAAACAUUUUGUGAGGAGCGCCCUCAACUUUGUUGACGUGGUGGCCGUGAUGCCCUACUUCCUCCAGAUCAUUUUUGAGACGUUUGUUAUGGAUUCAGAAGACGUCGGUGCAAAGGAAGAUUUGAAGGCCAUGGCGAGGGUCAGUAAAGUCAGCAAGGUGCUCAAGGUCGUCAAGUUGAUGCGCAUCUUCCGCAUCUUGAAGCUUGCCCGUCACUCCACGGGCAUGAGGGCAUUUGGUUUUACCAUCCGACAGUGCUCUGAGCAGGUGUGCUGUCUGUUUCUGUUCAUUGCCAUGGGCAUCUUCACCUUCUCUGCUCUGAUGCACUCUGUGGAGAUGGACCAGCCUGGAACACCAUUCAGCAGCAUACCAGAUGCCUGGUGGUGGGCUGCGGUGAGCAUCUCCACUGUAGGCUAUGGCGACGUCGUCCCCAUCUCCUAUCUCGGCCGCUGUGUGGCGUUCGGCUGCAUCUCUUUCGGCAUCAUCCUCAACGGCAUGCCCAUCUCCAUCCUGUUCAACAAGUUCUCUGACUACUACGCCAAACUGAAGGAACAGGAGUACACGUAUUCAAACGUCGAGCGCACCUUCCAGCUCAAGGCACGUCUGAGGCGCAAAUUUGACACCUGUUUCACGCCCCAGCCAGAUUUUGAUGACGAGAUACACUAUUGGCCCAGUGGAAGGCACAGUGAUUCCGAGAGCGAGGAUUCUGCUUCCCAAUAGUUGCAAGCUCGCUCACCCUAAAUGGCCUUAUGGGUCUAGAAAUUGUAAGACCCCAUCUGCCUCCAACUCUGAGCCUAUGUGAUAAACAAUCUAGGGGAGGGGGCAGCAGCAAGUUGAGAUCAGCUUUAAGCUUCAGCUUUGCAGUAGGUGCUGUGUGCACGCUAUGGGUGAUGAUGACUCCUCUGUCAAAUGGACAAAAUGCUUCCACUGGACAGCUUGUUGUCUGUUUCCAAGAAUAGCACUCAGCCGCUACUAAUUCCGGCUGAACUGAAAAAGAUGCUUGACACAAGGAGGUCAAGCAGUAACAUUAUUAAAGAAGUGAUGUCAAUCACUCUAACUUGA